AUGGGGCGGACGCGGCGCAUGUCGCUUCAUCUCCAACCUCCGAGCAAGUUACAGGCGCCGCCCAAGGACCCCGCGGUCCCCGUCAUCGCCUCGCCCGCCAACGGCACAGCUCGGCGUGGCCACAACCGGCCAUCCGCACUCCCCCCGUUUCCCUGGCGCUAUGCGCGGGCACCGCCAUCGGUGGUGGCGAACGCUCAGGCUCAGGAGGCCAUGGGUCGUGGCAGCGGCGUGGGUUUCAAUCCGGAGAUGGGACGAGGACGCGGGCCCCAGAGGACGGAGUUCGAGCAUAGGGACGUGCUCCAGCGGAAGCGGCCACCGUACGGUGCCGAGAUCGACGACUGGUCCUACUUCACCAUGUUCGGCAUCAGGGAUGUCUCCGUGGGCCCUGAGCAAAUAGUCUUGGUAUAUUCACUCAACCUUGGUUCACUGCUGGAACCUGGAACCUUCUUGUGCAACGAUGAUCAUCAGAUGAUAGUGGGGUUCAGAUGGGAGGUUCUUCGUGCUGGUACCUUCUAA